GUCAAAAACCUCACCGAUUAUUCUUUCAGUCAUAGAAUUAUAACUGUAUAACUAUCAAUGACUGAAAAAAUUACUCAAAAUAAACCUAUGUGAAUAUGAAUUGGCAUCAAAAAGUAAAAGGUAUUAUUUGUUACCAGUUAAGAAAAAUGCGGGAGCCCUUGUACACUAGGAGGAAGUUAACCACUCCCUGUACACACAAAGCAAAAUGUGCAGCCACCUAUAAGUCGUCACCACCAUGGGAUAUUAUGUUCUUUGGUACUGAUGAAUUUGCUCUUCAAAGUUUGAUGGCGCUCCACAACGAACAGCAAACGAGUGGUGUUGUGGGGCAACUGAAUGUUGUGUCCGUUUCCUUGAAGAAGAUUGUUCCUGCAGUUCGACGUUACUGCCUUAGGGAAAGAAUACCACUUCAUGAUUGGCCAUUGGAAGUACCUCGUGGAGUUUAUGAUCUUGGCAUUGUAGCUUCUUUUGGACAUCUUAUACCUGCUAAAAUUAUAAAUGCAUUCCCAAUGGGCAUCCUUAAUAUCCAUGGUUCACUUUUGCCACGAUGGAGAGGAGCUGCACCUACUAUACAUGCUGUGUUGAAUAAUGACCUUGAAACUGGUAUAACUAUAAUGAAAAUUGAACCUCAUAGGUUUGAUGUGGGAAAAAUUGUGAGCAGAGUAGCAGUUCCCAUAUCAUGGGACACAAAAAGUGGUGUUUUAACCAAACAUCUUGCUGCAGUAGGAGCCCAAGAGCUGAUAUCUGUGCUGCAGGACUUACCACAGAAACUACAGGCUGCUGUUAUACAGUCUGAAGAUGGAGUCACUAAAGCUCCAAAAGUUAGUGAGGCCACCUCAAAAAUUCAAUGGAACUGCUGUACAUGUAGUAAUAUUCAAGCCAUGUACAGAGCUUUUGAUGACUACCUCCCACUAUGGACAAUAUGGCAUGGAACACCAGUAAGACUCAGGGAUAUGGUUAUGCAAGAAGAAUGGUCUCCUCAUUAUUUAGAUGUGGGUAAAACAGCUGUCACUAAAGUACCAGACUUUAAGGAGAAUAAUGGAAGAGAUUUAGAAAAAAUAAAGGAAAAUAUACCACAUAACAGUGGGUGUGUAACAGAAGAAAAUGUUUUAGAAAGAAAUGAUAAAUGGUUGUUGAAUAAAUGUCACAUCACAAAUACUACUGAAGCAGACAGGAUUGUUAAUGUAAAAAAAAAUUGUGAGCAAAAUGAGAGCUAUGCAGGUAAUCUUAAUUUGAUAAAGAAACUCCCACCUGGAAGUGUAGUGUAUAAUAAGAAACUAAAAGUGGUAAGUGUUUUAUGUCUAGAUGGGUGGGUGAACUUUAGACAAAUUGUGAUAAAGGGACGCAAGGCAAUGAGUGCACACGACUUUUACAAUGGUUUUAUUGGUAAAGUACCAAAGGAUCAUCAUAGAUUUGACUGAUGCGGUCUUCAGUUCAAAUGUAGACAUUUCUAAUUGUUCAUUAAUUCUAUAAUGUAAAUUUUAUUCAGACUACAUAUUCUGUAUGGGUAAAUAAAAUUGAAGCUGAAUUCA